UUCUUUAAAAAUUAAUAAAAAUGAAAUUAGUUAGAUUUUUGAUGAAAUUAAAAAAUUAAACUGUUACUAUUGAACUAAAAAAUGGAACUUAAAUUACAGGUUCUAUUAUAGGCGUAGAUAUUAGAAUGAAUACACAUUUAUCGAAAGUUAAACUUACCAUAAAAGGAAAAAAUCCAGUUAGUUUAGAUCAUUUAACCAUAAGAGGAAAUAAUAUUAGAUACUUUUUAUUACCUGAAGCAUUACCAAUAGACACUUUAUUAGUAGAUGAACCCCCUAAAGUACAAAAGCGUUAAUAAAAUUAAAAAGAUGCAAAAAAACCUAAAAAAGCUAAAAAAGCUCCUGCAAGAAGAUGAAAUCGUUUAAUAAUAAUUUUAUUUUUUUAUUUAAAAUUUUGUUUAUGUAUUUUGCAAGAUAAAUAAUUUUCAAUA